AUGACGAAUAGAAUUUUGACGGUGAUGACGACUGCAGAUGAUGGCCGUCAUGGAAUUGUGGCGGACAGUGUAAUCACAGAAUCAGCACCUUCGGUGAGCAGACGAACCGAGGAUACGCUUACCACAUCGGUUGGAACGAAAUCUACGCAUCAUGAAAAGAACGUACAAAAAGCAGCCGCUGUGACUGAGGAAAAUAACAGCAAAAGCUUAACUGACGAGCACGUAUCCGCAGAUGGUGACAGUCAUGACAGCAAGAAAUCCGAGGAUCCAAACGCACUGAAUACGGAUCGUGAGAUGGUUCUAGAUGAAGAAAUGGCAGCGGGCACGGGUAAAGAUGACGAAGAGGAUUCGUCCGAAACUUUGAUUCCAGCCGAUCAUCCGGCAAAAACUCUACCACCAAUUGAUCUACUUCUCCUCGUUGACUCCUCCGGUAGCAUUGGAAUCAGCAACUUCGAAAAGGUGAUCCUUUCAACUGUAUGUGUAUGCGAGAGAAGAAGCUCGAACGGUGAUUUUCAAUAA